UUGGUCUUUCAAAGUUCACUACAAAGUUCAAGCCUAUAUUGCAAUCGCUAAGAAAUAAGAGAUACGACGAAGAUUGUCAAUUGAAAUGCUUCUAAACUGAAUCUCUCUUUAGAAAUCUGCAUUUAAGACAUUACUGUGUUUCCAUCACAGUUUGUUUUACUGAAUUUAGUUAUCCAAGAAAAGCAAAUUUGUUUAGUUUAACUGAGUAGUUGUAACUGAUAAAGUUCUACAUGUCGACAUCACUCGCAACAGCCCUUCAGGAAUGGAAGGUUCAGGAGAAAGAAUUACAGCAGCUUCAGGAGACCCACCGGCUUUACCUGCAGAAGUUAGAGGAAGUCUCCAAACUUCAAAAAAGCUUUGCUGCCUCCAUAGCGAGACAGAAAAAGAAUUUAAAGGAGAAUUUAAAGUCUUUGACUAAACUUGGAAAAGGAUUGACUGAAGAGGAGAAGAAUGAGGUUAAGGAGGUCAAAGGUCACAUUCGAACUAUGCCAAACCUAAUCUUUCAAAUGGAAGCAUUUCUGCCAAAGAAAAAUGGGCUUUAUCUCAGUCUUGUCCUUGGGAGUGUGAAUGUCAACCUUCCAAGCAAAGAGGCAAAAGCUGAAUACAAAGAUGAGUAUGAAAGGUUCAAGCUGUAUGUGACCCUGAUUCUGUUCCUGCUGACCUUCAUAUGUCGCUUCUUCAUCAGCUACAGAGUUUUGGAUGCCCUUCUUAACUUCCUGUUGGUUUGGUACUAUUGCACCCUGACAAUCCGUGAAAGUGUCCUCAUCAGCAAUGGAUCCAGGAUUAAAGGUUGGUGGGUUUUCCACCACUACAUUUCUACCUUUCUGUCUGGGGUCAUGCUAACUUGGCCAGAUGGUGAAACAUACCAGUCUUUCAGGAACCAAUUUUUGGCCUAUUGUUUGUAUCAAAGCUUUGUGCAGUAUCUUCAGUACUACUAUCAAAGUGGGUGUCUCUACAGGCUAAAAGCACUAGGGGAAAGACACAACUUGGAUUUGACUGUUGAGGGAUUUCAGUCAUGGAUGUGGCGGGGACUGACAUUUCUUCUUCCCUUUCUCUUCCUGGGUCAUUUCUGGCAGCUUUGGAACAGUAUUUCCCUGUUCAGAAUGGCUCAGGUCUCUGAAUGUAAAGAAUGGCAGGUGUCCAUGUGUGGCUUCUGCUUUCUGGUUCUGUUUGCGGGAAAUUUUUUCACCACACUUGCAGUUGUUCGUCACAAGCGCAAAACCCAGCAAAAGACCAAGAGUGCAUGAUUUUUAAGAUGUCAAUGAAGAAAAUGUCAAUGAAGACAACAGACUCUCCCAUAGUUAUUUUUGAAAAAUAAGCAGAUUUAAGUUAAUAAUGGACACAAAAAUCUGUGUGUAAGAAAAUCAAAAAGUCUUUACAUUUUUUUAUUAUUAUUAUUAUCGUUCAGAAAACAUGCUGUGUUUUGUUUUGAAUAAAGGAGUACAAAAUGGGAUGUUGAACAAUCUGCAAUAAAGUUGUUAGUAUUUAUGUGGAAUAAGUGGAA